UUGUCCUUAAUUUGGAGCUUUUUAAGACUGACAUAUGCUGGUACUUCAUCUUCUAUAAGUGGACUAUAAUUUCUUCUCUCACAACAACUACAUAAGCAGACAAAAUUGCAAAGAUCUGCCCUGUGUCGAGUAUGACAGCCACGACUCGUGGCUCUCCAGUAGGAGGGAAUGACAGCCAGGGCCAGGCUCCUGAUGGACAGUCCCAGCCCCCCCUCCAACAGAAUCAGACUUCAUCGCCUGAUUCUUCUAAUGAGAACUCCCCAGCAACACCCCCUGAUGAACAGGGCCAAGGUGAUGCCCCACCCCAGCUUGAAGAUGAGGAACCUGCAUUUCCCCACACUGACCUGGCAAAGUUGGAUGACAUGAUCAACAGGCCCCGAUGGGUGGUUCCAGUUUUGCCAAAAGGGGAAUUAGAAGUUCUUUUAGAAGCUGCUAUUGAUCUUAGUAAAAAAGGUCUUGAUGUUAAAAGUGAAGCAUGUCAACGUUUUUUUCGAGAUGGGCUAACAAUAUCUUUCACUAAAAUCCUUACGGAUGAGGCAGUGAGUGGCUGGAAGUUUGAAAUUCAUAGGUGUAUUAUUAACAACACUCAUCGCCUAGUGGAGCUUUGUGUGGCCAAGCUUUCUCAAGACUGGUUUCCACUUCUAGAACUUCUUGCUAUGGCCUUAAAUCCUCAUUGCAAAUUCCAUAUAUAUAAUGGUACACGCCCAUCUGAAACAAUUCCUGCUGGUGUUCAGUUGGCAGAAGAUGAACUCUACGCCCGUCCUCCAGACCCACGAUCUCCAAAAGGUUGGUUAGUGGAUCUCAUCAAUAAAUUUGGCACAUUAAACGGGUUCCAGAUUUUGCACGAUCGCUUCAUUAGUGGCUCAGCAUUGAAUGUCCAAAUUAUUGCAGCUCUUAUUAAACCAUUUGGACAAUGCUAUGAGUUUCUGACACUUCAUACAGUGAAGAAAUACUUCCUUCCCAUUAUAGAAAUGGUUCCGCAGUUUUUAGAAAACUUAACUGAUGAUGAACUGAAAAAAGAAGCAAAAAAUGAAGCAAAAAAUGAUGCUUUGUCUAUGAUAAUAAAAUCUUUGAAGAAUUUAGCUUCAAGGGUUCCAGGACAAGAAGAAACUGUAAAAAAUUUAGAAAUAUUUAGGUUAAAAAUGAUACUUAGGUUGUUACAAAUUUCAUCUUUCAAUGGCAAGAUGAAUGCCCUAAAUGAGGUUAAUAAGGUGAUCUCUAGUGUGUCAUAUUAUACCCAUCGUCAUGGUAAUCCUGAGGAAGAAGAGUGGCUCACUGCAGAACGAAUGGCAGAAUGGAUACAGCAGAACAAUAUUUUAUCCAUAGUUUUACGGGAUAGUCUUCAUCAACCACAGUAUGUAGAAAAACUGGAGAAGAUUCUUCGUUUUGUUAUAAAAGAAAAAGCUCUCACUUUGCAAGAUCUUGAUAAUAUUUGGGCAGCGCAGGCAGGAAAACAUGAAGCCAUUGUAAAGAAUGUACAUGAUCUCCUGGCAAAAUUGGCUUGGGAUUUUUCUCCUGAACAACUUGAUCAUCUCUUUGAUUGCUUUAAGGCAAGUUGGACAAAUGCAAGCAAAAAACAACGUGAAAAGUUACUUGAGCUAAUACGUCGUCUUGCAGAAGAUGAUAAAGAUGGUGUGAUGGCCCAUAAAGUGUUGAACCUCUUGUGGAAUUUGGCCCAUAGUGAUGAUGUACCUGUUGAUAUCAUGGACCAGGCUCUAAGUGCUCACAUUAAAAUCUUAGAUUAUAGUUGUUCACAGGAUCGAGACACCCAAAAGAUCCAAUGGAUAGAUCGUUUUAUAGAAGAACUUCGCACGAAUGAUAAGUGGGUAAUUCCUGCACUGAAACAAAUUAGGGAAAUCUGUAGUUUAUUUGGUGAAGCACCACAAAAUUUGAGUCAAACACAGCGAAGUCCACAUGUGUUUUAUCGUCAUGAUUUAAUCAAUCAACUUCAGCACAAUCAUGCCCUAGUUACUCUGGUAGCAGAAAAUCUCUCUGCUUAUAUGGAAAGCAUGAGACAGUAUGCAAAAGAGCAUGGAGAAUAUGAUCCACAAACUGUAAGACCAGGAAGUCGAUAUAGUCAUGUGCAAGAAGUCCAAGAACGACUUAAUUUCCUAAGAUUUUUGUUGAAGGAUGGUCAACUGUGGCUAUGUGCUCCUCAGGCAAAGCAAAUUUGGAAAUGUUUAGCUGAAAAUGCAGUUUAUCUUUGUGAUCGUGAAGCCUGUUUUAAAUGGUAUUCCAAGUUGAUGGGAGAUGAACCAGACCUUGAUCCUGAUAUUAAUAAGGAUUUUUUUGAAAAUAAUGUGCUUCAGCUCGAUCCUUCCCUAUUAACAGAAAAUGGAAUGAAAUGUUUUGAGCGUUUCUUCAAAGCUGUGAACUGUCGAGAAGGGAAACUAGUAGCAAAAAGGCGAGCCUAUAUGAUGGAUGAUUUAGAAUUGAUCGGUUUAGAUUAUCUUUGGAGGGUUGUGAUUCAGGGAAAUGAUGACAUUGCCAGCAGAGCAAUUGACCUUCUUAAGGAGAUCUAUACUAAUCUUGGACCAAGGUUACAAGUUAAUCAGGUAGUGAUCCAUGAAGAUUUCAUUCAAUCCUGCUUUGAUCGCUUGAAAGCCUCCUAUGAUACAUUAUGUGUUCUGGAUGGUGACAAAGACAGUAUUAAUUGUGCACGACAGGAAGCAAUACGAAUGGUGCGAGUAUUGACUGUUUUAAGGGAAUAUAUAAAUGAAUGUGACAGUGAUUACCAUGAAGAAAGGACAAUUCUACCUAUGUCAAGAGCUUUUCGUGGUAAACACAUCACUUUGGUAGUUCGUUUUCCAAAUCAAGGUCGGCAGGUAGAAGACUUGGACAUCUGGUCUCAUACAAAUGACACAAUUGGUUCAGUGAGACGAUGCAUUCUCAAUCGUAUUAAAGCUAAUAGUGCCCAUACAAAAAUAGAGCUAUUUAUUGGUGGUGAACUGGUGGAUCCUGCAGAUGAUAGGAAGCUAAUUGGACAACUAAACCUAAAAGAUAAAACGCUAAUUACAGCCAAACUUACACAAAUAAGUUCCAAUAUGCCUUCAAGUCCUGAUAGUUCUUCUGAUUCAUCAACUGGUUCUCCUGGUAACCAUGGAAAUCAUUAUAGUGAUGGUCCCAAUCCAGAGGUAGAAAGCUGUUUGCCUGGAGUGAUAAUGUCAAUGCAUCCCAGAUAUAUUUCUUUCCUUUGGCAAGUUGCAGACUUGGGUAGCAGCCUAAAUAUGCCACCCCUUAGAGAUGGAGCUCGGGUACUUAUGAAACUUAUGCCACCAGAUAAUACUACAAUUGAAAAACUUAGAGCUAUUUGCUUAGACCAUGCAAAACUUGGAGAAAGCAGCCUCAGUCCAUCUCUUGACUCACUUUUCUUUGGUCCCUCUGCCUCACAAGUGCUAUAUCUAACAGAGGUAGUUUAUGCCUUGUUGAUGCCUGCCAAUGCACCUCUGGGUGAAGAUGCCAGUGACUUUCAGUAUAAUUUCUUAAAAAGUGGUGGCUUACCUCUUGUCCUGAGCAUGCUAACUAGAAAUAAUUUCCUGCCAAAUGCAGAUAUGGAAACUCGAAGAGGCGCCUACCUUAAUGCUCUUAAAAUCGCCAAAUUAUUGUUAACUGCCGUUGGCUAUGGCCAUGUUCGAGCUGUGGCGGAAGCUUGUCAACCAGUUGCAGAAGGCACAAAUCCCAUGUCACCGAUAAAUCAGGCUACUCAUGAUCAAGCAGUGGUGCUACAGAAUGCCCUUCAGAACAUUCCUAAUCCAACAUCUGAAUGUAUGCUUAGAAAUGUGGCAAUUCGUCUUGCCCAGCAGAUAUCUGAUGAGGCAUCAAAAUACAUCCCUGAUAUCUGUGUUAUUCGAGCUGUACAAAAAAUUGUCUGGGCCUCAGGGUGUGGGUCAGUACAACUGGUGUUUAACUCAAAUGAUGAUAUUAGUAAAAUUUAUGAAAAGACGAAUACAGGGAAUGAACCAGAUAUGGAAGAUGAACAUGUUUGUUGUGAAGCAUUGGAAGUGAUGACACUGUGCUUUGCUUUGAUUCCAACAGCCUUAGAUGCACUUAGUAAAGAAAAAGCAUGGCAGACAUUUAUCAUUGACUUGCUCUUGCACUGUCAUAGCAAGACUGUUCGUCAGAUGGCACAGGAACAGUUUUUUUUAAUGUCUACCAGAUGUUGCAUGGGACACAGACCUCUACUUUUCUUCAUUACUUUAUUAUUUACUGUUUUAGGGAGCACAGCAAGAGAGAGAGCUAAACAUUCAGGAGAUUAUUUUACUCUAUUAAGGCAUCUUCUAAAUUAUGCUUACAAUAGUAACAUUAAUGUGCCCAAUGCUGAAGUUCUUCUAAAUAAUGAAAUUGAUUGGCUUAAAAGGAUCAGGGAUGAAGUUAAAAGAACAGGCGAAACAGGUGUGGAAGAGACAAUCUUGGAAGGUCACCUUGGAGUAACAAAAGAGUUACUGGCCUUUCAAACUCCUGAAAAGAAAUACCAUAUUGGUUGUGAAAAAGGGGGUGCUAAUCUUAUUAAAGAGUUGAUUGAUGACUUCAUCUUUCCUGCAUCUAAUGUUUACUUACAAUACAUGAGAAAUGGAGAACUGCCAGCUGAGCAGGCCAUACCAGUCUGUAGUUCACCAGCUACCAUCAAUGCUGGUUUUGAGCUGCUUGUAGCAUUAGCUGUUGGUUGUGUGAGAAAUCUCAAACAGAUAGUGGACACAUUGACAGAGAUGUAUUACAUAGGUACAGCAAUAACUACUUGUGAGGCACUUACGGAAUGGGAAUAUCUGCCACCUGUUGGACCUCGACCACCAAAAGGAUUUGUGGGGCUGAAAAAUGCUGGUGCUACUUGUUAUAUGAAUUCAGUGAUCCAGCAAUUGUACAUGAUUCCUGCCAUCCGGAAUGGUAUCCUUGCAAUAGAAGGCACUGGCAGUGAUGUAGAUGAUGAUAUGUCUGGAGAUGAGAAGCAAGACAAUGAGAGUAAUGUUGAUCCCCGAGAUGAUGUAUUUGGGUAUCCUCAUCAAUAUGAAGACAAACCAGCAUUGAAUAAAACUGAAGACAGAAAGGAAUACAAUAUUGGAGUUUUAAGGCAUCUUCAGGUCAUUUUUGGUCAUUUAGCAGCUUCUAGAUUGCAAUACUAUGUACCAAGAGGAUUUUGGAAACAAUUUAGGCUUUGGGGUGAACCUGUUAACCUACGUGAACAACAUGAUGCUUUAGAAUUUUUCAAUUCUUUGGUGGAUAGUUUAGAUGAAGCUUUAAAAGCAUUGGGACAUCCUGCUAUGCUAAGUAAAGUCUUAGGAGGCUCUUUUGCUGAUCAGAAGAUUUGCCAAGGUUGUCCACAUAGGUACGAGUGUGAAGAAUCAUUUACGACUCUGAAUGUAGAUAUUAGAAAUCACCAAAAUCUUCUUGAUUCUUUGGAACAAUAUGUCAAGGGAGACUUACUGGAAGGUGCAAAUGCAUAUCAUUGUGAAAAAUGCAACAAAAAGGUUGAUACAGUAAAACGUCUCCUAAUUAAGAAAUUGCCCCCGGUUCUUGCCAUUCAGCUAAAACGAUUCGACUAUGACUGGGAAAGGGAAUGUGCAAUCAAGUUCAAUGAUUACUUUGAAUUUCCACGGGAGUUGGACAUGGAACCUUAUACAGUGGCAGGUGUUGCAAAGCUGGAAGGGGAUGAUGUAAACCCUGAAAAUCAGUUGAUACAACAAAAUGAACAGUCAGAAAAUGAGCCAACUGGAAGCACAAAGUAUAGACUGGUGGGUGUACUUGUACACAGUGGUCAAGCAAGUGGAGGACAUUAUUAUUCUUACAUCAUCCAGAGGAAUGGUGGAGACGGUGAGAAAAAUCGCUGGUAUAAAUUUGAUGAUGGAGAUGUGACAGAAUGUAAAAUGGAUGACGAUGAAGAAAUGAAAAACCAGUGUUUUGGUGGAGAGUACAUGGGUGAAGUAUUUGAUCAUAUGAUGAAGCGCAUGUCGUACAGGCGCCAGAAGAGGUGGUGGAAUGCUUACAUUCUUUUUUAUGAACGGAUGGAUACAAUAGACAAAGACAAUGAGUUAAUCAAAUAUAUUUCAGAGUUGGUUGUCACCACAAAACCCCACCAGAUUAAAAUGCCGUCAGCCAUUGAAAGAAGUGUACGGAAACAGAAUGUGCAAUUCAUGCAUAACCGUAUGCAAUACAGUUUGGAAUAUUUCCAGUUUGUAAAAAAGCUGCUGACUUGUAACAGUGUAUACUUAAACCCUCCUCCAGGGCAAGAUCAUCUGUUGCCUGAAGCAGAAGAAAUUACAAUGAUUAGUAUUCAGCUUGCUGCUAGAUUCCUUUUCACCACAGGAUUUCACACAAAAAAGAUAGUCCGUGGCCCUGCCAGUGACUGGUAUGAUGCAUUGUGUAUUCUACUCCGUCACAGCAAGAAUGUACGCUUUUGGUUUGCACAUAAUGUCCUCUUUAAUGUUUCAAAUCGCUUUUCUGAGUACCUUCUGGAAUGCCCCAGUGCAGAAGUGAGGGGUGCAUUUGCAAAACUUAUAGUAUUUAUUGCACAUUUUUCAUUGCAAGAUGGGCCAUGUCCUUCACCUUUUGCUUCUCCUGGACCUUCUAGUCAGGCAUAUGAUAAUUUAAGCUUGAGUGAUCAUUUGCUGAGAGCAGUACUAAAUCUCCUCAGAAGGGAAGUUUCAGAGCAUGGGCGUCAUUUGCAGCAGUAUUUCAAUCUGUUUGUAAUGUAUGCCAACCUAGGUAUGGCAGAAAAAACACAGCUUUUGAAACUGAGUGUGCCUGCCACAUUUAUGCUUGUAGCUCUGGAUGAAGGACCAGGUCCACCCAUCAAAUAUCAGUAUGCCGAGCUAGGCAAAUUAUAUACUGUAGUGUCACAGCUGAUCCGUUGUUGCAAUGUAUCAUCCCGGAUGCAGUCUUCAAUCAAUGGUAAUCCCCCUCUUUCGAACCCUUAUGGUGAUCCUAAUUUAUCUCAACCUAUAAUGGCACUUCAGCAGAAUGUGGCAGAUAUUUUGUUUGUGAGAACAAGUUAUGUGAAGAAAAUUAUUGAAGACUGCAGUAACUCAGAGGAAACCAUCAAAUUGCUUCGUUUUUGCUGUUGGGAGAAUCCUCAGUUCUCUUCUACAGUCCUCAGUGAACUACUUUGGCAGGUUGCCUAUUCAUAUACCUAUGAACUCCGACCUUAUUUGGAUCUCCUUUUACAAAUCUUAUUAAUUGAGGACUCCUGGCAGACACACAGAAUUCAUAAUGCACUUAAAGGAAUCCCAGAUGAUCGAGAUGGACUAUUUGAUACAAUUCAACGCUCUAAAAAUCAUUAUCAGAAAAGAGCUUAUCAGUGUAUAAAAUGUAUGGUAGCUCUCUUUAGUAACUGUCCUGUAGCCUACCAAAUCCUACAGAGUAAUGGAGAUCUAAAAAGGAAGUGGACCUGGGCAGUGGAGUGGCUUGGGGAUGAGCUUGAACGACGACCAUAUACUGGCAAUCCUCAGUAUACUUAUAACAACUGGUCUCCUCCAGUACAAAGCAAUGAAACAUCAAAUGGUUACUUUUUGGAAAGAUCACAUAGUGCCCGGAUGACCCUUGCAAAAGCUUGUGAACUCUGUCCAGAGGAGGUAAAAAAGGAACCAGAUGACCAAGAUGCCCCAGACGAACAUGAAUCAUCUCCACCAGAAGAUGCCCCUUUAUAUCCCCACUCACCUGGAUCUCAGUAUCAGCAGAAUAACCAUGUGCAUGGACAGCCAUAUACAGGCCCAGCAGCACAUCACAUGAACAACCCUCAGAGAACUGGCCAACGAGCACAAGAAAAUUAUGAAGGCAAUGAAGAAGUUUCCCCACCUCAGACAAAAGAUUAGUGAAAUGCACAUAACUCACUGGUUCCAUCAAGACUGUGCACCCAGGCCUUACAGUCCAACCUUUUUCUGUGUCUGGCUAAUAUUUAAAACUAGAAAAAACUAUUCCUAAUCAACUUGGAGUGGAGAGUCUAUUCACUGUCUUAUCUGCAGAAAAUUGCUGUCAAUAUAUAACCCGCCUGCAGUGGAAAGUGUAUAGUGUUUUGUAAUAAAUGGCCUGAUGCUAAUGUGUAAAUGG